CCUUUUCCGUUAACUUUCUUUCUUUCUUUCUCAGUCUCUCUCUUUCUUCUUCCCUUCUCUCUAAAGUCUUCUCCCCUGUUCUUUAUCGUUCCUUUCACCUUUCUUUCUGCUUGUUUCUAUCUUCUCUCACUCUAUUUCAUUUUCUCUUUAUUCUCUCCUCUUUAUCUGUUUUUACAUCUCUCUCUCUUUUUCUUCUUUUGUCUUUCUAACUUCGUUUUCCUUCUUUCUAUCUUCUUCAUCUUUCUUUUUUACUCAUCUUCCGUCUAUUCUCUCUCUCUGCGUGCUCGCCGCCAUUUGAAGUCUCUCCUCGUGUGCGCGCUCCCGCCUGUCUCGCCCCCCUCACUCUCCCCCUCCCUCUCUGUUCUAAACGUUGAGGCCAACUUACACACACUUACACACACACACCCCAGGUUUUUUCCAGCGCUGCUGGGGAAGAGAAGAUGGUGGAGGAGCUCUGUCUGUGUCCGUCCUCCCGCUCCUCCUCACCGGGCUGAGAGCAGAGCGCAGUUCGGUUCGGCGUGGCGGGGCUCCGCGGAGAGGGGAGCAGAAAAACACGCCAACUAACGGACGGAAGAGGCGCAGAAGCGGCUCUGCGUGUGUGUGCGCGUCGCCUGGCACUGACAUGCCAACGGAGAGAGGGGGAGCGAGAGAGAGACGACUGAACAGCUCCAGUAGGGCAGCCGCUCACUAACUCACUCCCUCCCUCACCCCGAGCCUCCCUCACUCCGAGCCUCCGCACGGAUUAUUUAACGCUAGCGGGUCUCGUAUUUCCCCGCUGUAUGUAGCGGCUGGUCGGAGGAGGCCGUUAUUAUGGAGGAGCUACGCCGGGUUGAGCUGCUUCUCCUCCGCGUGGCGUUCCGAGCUGCCGCCGCCGCCGCCGCUGCCCAGCCGACCGACGGCCUGAGACAACUUCACCGUGGAAAACACUAACGCUGCCGGAUCAGACUCCUCUCAGUUUGGGUAUUUUGGGGUUUUUAAGGAGGCCAGUCGACUAUUUGUGCCCACUAAGCCAUAAAAGGAGUCCGGGCGGUGGAGGUAAAGAAGAAAAAUAAGUUGUUUUCCUCACUUUAUCCGGAUUCUCACAGUAUGUUCGGGGCUGACGUUGAUCUGCUCCGGUUUUCAGUUAUUUUGGUAUCGUGUGUGUGAGAGAGUGUGUGUAUGAGAGUGUGUGUGUGUGUGUGUGUGUGUGUGUGAGAGCCAGAUGUGAACAGCCGUGUUGUAGCUUCACGCUAAAGGGAACGUCACUUUAGUACUUUUACGGCUGUUUUUACGCUAUUUUCGUCGAAGUCGUCAGGCUGCCGUGCGAGUUUUUGAACGCGGGGACGCGGAGGGGUGAUAUCCGGAUUGGGAGUUCAGGAAAGGACGGGGCUCCUCCAUGGGAAUAGGCCCAACAUGCCCCUCUCCACAGCACGGGCAUGAGGGGCUAAGUGGGCUCUGGAGGCUAGCGCAGACGUAGAAAAAGGGAAAAAAAAACUACCAUGUCUUAAAAACAGUCUCGCUGCUUGUAUUAAGCUGAAACAGUGAUCGUUUGAGCCAGCGUGAGGGGAAGUAUUUCACGUUAGGGAGUUUGGGAACCGUCUGUGUGGAGUUGACGUGCUCGAAAAUGGGGGGAGUGUUGUUGUAAACUCCAUUUUUCAUUUCCCUUAAACUUCUAACUUACCAGGCCUCGAUUUAAUGAACAAGGGAUAGGGAAAAACAUGCAACGAACGAAAGCAGCUGCAGGUAGGAAAAGGCGUCCGUCAUCUGUAAAUAUGAAGAUUGUGCUCGUUUUCACUGACUUUGCUUGGGAAGGGAAAGGGAAUCCGUGACAUUAAGGGACGAGAGAGGAUUACAAAGAUAAAGAAAAAGAAAAUUAGUCACUUCUGGGGUGCUAAAAGUGUUUCUGUGCCCUGUAAUUGUGCAUAAGUGUGAUUUAGGAGUGAGUGUGUUGGCCUGAGGGCAAAUCGAAGCGAUGUGUUUUACUCAGAAGGCCGGAGCGGAUGAACGGCAUUUUCAGCCUUGGCAAGAGCAAAAGUACACACAAGUGCCUCAGAGCCUCGGAGCAUAAUGGGAUCUGAGUGCUGACGCAACCCGAGCCUGGAUAAUGAACUGCUCAAGAGUCUGAGACGGUCCAUCACAAGACCCAAGGGCUCAGAGGAGCACGGGAACACGUCUGCUCUUAGGCUGGGCUCAGAAACUGUGCUUUGUUUGCCUUCUACCCUCCAUCCGCCUUCAUCUUUUCUCUGCGAAGCAUCCCCGAGUGACAUGCGGUUAGACUAAUCGGGCCCCGAGCUGACUUGUCAUGGCAUCUCCACGACAGCAGUGGGAGCGACCAACCCGGAGCACGGAGGUCAGCUGUGACAGCAAAGGAGGAGGUUUGACCGUACGGGUUAUGGACGCUCACCCGGAGCCGGAGAACGGGGGCAAGGGUGCGGGCGAGGCGAGGCUGAUGGGAGUCCCCAAACCCUGCAAGUACAGCAUCUCGUCCAGCUGCAGCAGCUCAGGGGAGUCCGACGUCCGCAGGACGGUGAUGACCAGCCUGCGCAGUCAUAGGACCGUGCCGCAGCUGUUCGAGCGCUCGGCCGCGCAGUGCUGGGACCCCAAAUUUGACUCGGCCAUCCUGGAGGAGGCGUGCAGAGAGAGGUGCUUCCCGCAGACGCAGAGGCGCUUCCGUUACGUGCUCUUCUACCUGUUCACUGCCGCGAUCCUCUGGAGCAUCUACUUUGGGAUCAACAGCUCCCAGUGUGAUCUCGUAACCUUCUUGCUCCCUACGGCCAGCUUACUGGUCCUGUGCCUCGUCCUGUUAAUUUUCACCUUCUCGCGGCCUUAUGUGCGGCUCUAUAACCAGGCCUCCCUGCUUCUCAUCAUCUUCACGUUUGGUGUCACGUUGGCACCACAGACGCAGACGGCCAGCUUCUUUCACUACGAGUGGCAAAGGGACGGCAACAGGACUCUAACGCCGCCCGAUCCCGCUCCAUGUAUCUCGCCAGUAGGAACUUUUUCUCUGUGCAUGGAGGUGCUGCUCCUGCUCUACAGCAUGCUCCACCUAAGACUGUAUGCCUCUGUUCUGCUGGGGCUUCUAUACUCGGUUCUGUUCGAGACCCUUGGUUGGCUGUACCUGACCCAGGUAGAACCUAACGGGUCCUUGUUGUGGCUGGCACCAGGCAAAGUCCUCCUCCACCUGUGCGCCCAUGUGAUCGGCAUCCACCUGUUCAUCAUGUCGGAGGUGCGUUCACGCAGCACUUUCCUGAAGGUGGGCCAGGCCAUCAUGCAUGGGAAGGAGCUGGAGGUAGAGAAGGCGCUCAAAGAGCGCAUGAUCCACUCUGUAAUGCCGCGGGUGGUGGCCGAUGAGCUGAUGAAGCAGGGUGACGAUGAGAGCGAGAAUUCCGGCAAGCGCUACAGCGCCACAGGGACUUGCCAGGCCUCCGCCUCUGCUUGCCCAGCUUCAUCCUCCAGUCCUAAGAACAACAAGCGCAAGAAGACCUCCAUCCCACGUGGGCAGAUCAUCUUCCGGCCCUUCAACAUGAAGCGCAUGGAGCCUGUCAGCAUCCUGUUUGCCGACAUCGUGGGCUUCACCAAGAUGAGUGCCAACAAGUCGGCUCAUGCUCUGGUGGGGCUCCUUAAUGAUCUCUUUGGACGCUUCGACCGCCUGUGCGAGCUGACGCGAUGCGAGAAGAUCAGCACACUCGGCGACUGCUACUACUGUGUGGCCGGCUGCCCUGAGCCGCGUGAGGACCACGCCUACUGCUGCGUGGAGAUGGGCCUGGGUAUGAUCCAGGCCAUCGAGCAAUUCUGUCAGGAGACGCGUGAGACGGUGGACAUGCGUGUGGGCGUGCACACGGGAACAGUACUCUGCGGCAUCCUGGGCAUGAAGCGCUUCAAGUUUGACGUGUGGUCCAAUGACGUCAACCUGGCCAACCUCAUGGAGCAGCUGGGCAUGGCCGGGAAGGUGCACCUCUCAGAGGCCACAGCCAGCUUUCUAGAUGACCGUUACGAGAGGGAGGACGGGAGAGUGAUGGAACGGGCAGGACAGAGCGUCACAGAGCAGCUGAAAGGGUUAAAGACGUAUUUGAUCUCCGGGAGGAAAGUGGGCUCACAGUGUGGCCAUUCUCAGAACUGGGAGCACUGGGAACGUCUGGGACGAGACAUCGGAGAAGCACUCAGUCCAUCUCCACACAUACACACUUCAGAACUCACCCACUCCGCCAUGGCAGAGCACGUCAAGACUCCUUGCGCGUCCUGUGGUAUUGUGGUGGAUCCUGGUGGGAGUCAGAUGGCUGAUGAGGCCACCCUGAAUGGCUGCCAGGAUGAACACAGGGCCAACAGCAGCAAGUUGCCAGCUGGACGGAGCCCCAAAGCCGUGAAUGGUCUGCUGAGCCCACUCUGCGAGGAAGGUGUGCGAGCCAGCCAGACGUCUCUGUGUGAGAUGCUGCAGAAGGAGAGGAGUCUUGGGGGAGGAGCGGGAGGAGGCAGCAGUGCUCCGGUGGCGAUGGGAGGAGCCACGGGAAUGGACCACUCAGCCCUCAUCCCGCUGCGGACCAAAGGGUUCCGGGAGAAGAGUGACGCGCACUUUGUGGAUGUGAUCAAGGAGGACAGUUUGAUGAAGGAUUAUUUCUUCAAGCCACCAAUCAACAAGCUGAGUCUGAACUUCCUGGAGAAAUCUCUGGAGUCUGCCUACCGCACCAGCUACCAGCAAGAGGUGGCGAAUCAUGCCCCUGUGCAGACGUUUGCCAGUCCAGUCUUCAGCUCUCUGCUGGACGUCUUGCUGUCGUGUGCCGUGUUCCUCGCCCUCACACUCGCCUGCUUCCUGUACCUGGUUACCAUGGAGACGCCACCCGCAAUCACAUUCGGCCUGGCGGCCGUCGCCGCUUUAUUAGAACUCGUCUCUCUGGUUCUGUCCAUCCGUAUGACGUUCUAUCUGGACGACGUGCUGAGAUGCACACAGUCUCUGCUGAAGGUGGUGUCCGGCUGGGUCCCUCGUCAUGUGAUCGGCGCUGUGCUCGUCUCACUUCCUGCCAUAUCGGUCUUCUCUCAUCUGGCCUACAGCCUCCACCUGCCCAUCCAGGUAACAAUGUUCCUGUGCAGCGCCAUCAUCAUUGCCAUCAUCCAGUACUGCAAUUUCUGCCAGCUGAGCUUCUGGAUGCGCUCUGUUCUGGCCACUGCCACUGGAAUCUCUCUGAUCGCUGUGCUCUUCAGCAUCCCCAGUAGGCCGAGCACCAGCGACAGCUUUCCAGCGACUGGGAACCUGAGCAACGUAAGUAUUGAUGUGGAUUCCAACCCGGCUUCCACAGCACUGGAUCUGCUGAUUAGGGAGACACCACUGUCGUUCUUCUUGCUGCUUCUGCUCGUCUGGUUCCUCAACCGCGAGUUUGAGGUCAGCUACCGUCUGCAUUACCAUGGCAAUGUGGAGGCUGACAAGCACCGCAUCAAGAUCCAGAACAUGCGAGACCAGGCAGACUGGCUGCUGCGAAACAUCAUCCCUAUCCACGUAGCUGAGCAGCUGAAAGUCACGCAGAGCUACUCCAAGAACCACGACAACGUUGGUGUGAUCUUUGCAAGCAUUGUGAACUUCAGCGAGUUCUACGAGGAGAGCUACGAAGGUGGCAAGGAGUGUUACCGCGUGCUGAACGAGCUGAUCGGAGACUUUGACGAGCUCCUGCGCAAGUCCACGUUCUCCAACGUGGAGAAGAUAAAGACCAUCGGAGCCACCUACAUGGCAGCGUCUGGCUUGAACGGACGGCAGUGCCGCGAGCAGACGCACCCCCACGCCCACCUGUGCGCCCUCUUUGAGUUUGCGCUGGAGAUGAUGCGCGUGGUGGACGACUUCAACAAGAACAUGCUGGGCUUCCAGUUCAAGCUGAGAAUCGGCUUCAACCACGGCCCGCUGACCGCCGGGGUCAUCGGCACCACCAAGCUGCUGUAUGACAUCUGGGGUGACACGGUGAACAUCGCCAGCCGCAUGGACAGCACAGGCGUGGAGUGCCGCGUUCAGGUCAGCGAGGAGAGCCACUGCGUCCUCAGCGGGAUGAACUACGCGUUCGAUUACCGCGGCACUGUUAACGUUAAGGGGAAAGGGCAGAUGAGGACCUACCUGUACCCCAAACUUAACGAGAGCGGGCCGGGGUCCAAGCACCAGCCGGCUGGCUCCUCAGAGCCUCAGGGCAAGGAAGAGGGCGCCGUUGAGGAGAGCAUCAGCAAACCCAGUGUAGCACUCAGCAUGGCCCCCAACACUAUACCCGCGUCACCGGCUGUAGCUGACCACCUUCGGUCCUCUUCUUCCACUAGUGCCUGUCGUAGCAACUGUGAGGUGCCACAGGGACCUAGCGUGGGCCCGUCUAAGUUGUCGGAAGAGUGGCACAAAGACCCUUUUAGAGACCCUGUGCUUACAGGCAAGGCUGAGGAGAGAUCCCCUGCUCCUCAUGCACCCACUUUGAGUGGCACACAGCCACCGUUAAUAGCACAGUUAAGCGCUCCGCUGGCCAGACCAGAGACACCUUUACGAGGGGAGGAAGAGCAGGAGGAAGAAGAGGCAAACGAGUAUUCGAGACUCCGAAUGGGAGAGAGGCUUUGAUCUGCCUCUGCAGCUGCUGAUCUUUACUGUCUGUCUGCCUCUUUCUCUCUCGUUUUCUUUCUCUCUCUCUCUCUUUUCUGGGGUAAGAGGGUAUAAAUUACUGAGGUUCACCUCCUGAGGUGCCUUAAUAGUCACAUAUUAGAUGUAGGAGUCUACAAUGCAACAGCCUGUUUGGCCUCCUGCUUAAAGAACUUGACAACAGUGAAAAAAGAAAUGUAAGCUUGUUCAGGGGGUUUGCUGUGUGGAUCACAGUCUGGCACAAAACGGAACGCAGGAAAAGGGAGGGCAGCGAGUUUCAUUUUCGGAUGUUCUUGUUAUUUUGGUAAUGUGUUGUUUUUU